AAAAAAUGAAGAAGCAAAUCCCAAUACUAUAUUAUAUUAUUAUAAUUUCAAACUAGAAGCACAAGAAGAAAUUCAAAUUUUUGUGAUCAUGACUUCAUUACUCCACGUUGCUACAAUGCAUCCAUAAAAGAAUCUAAUCUCGGGUCAAAUCUCUCUAAUUCCUGUUCUUCGCUGCUGAUCAUUUUACGCUGCAACUUCUCGUUGCAUCACUUAUAUGACUGAUCUAUAGCUCUUUUUCUUCUUACUUGCAUAGAACGAGAAAAAAAAACAGUUUCAAGAAAAUGAAGUCGCUUUGGAAUAUUCUUUCACUUGUUGUUUCUUCCAUCUUCCUCUGCAUGAGCUUUUGCUCCUCUCUUAAUUCCGACGGUUUGUCUCUUCUUGCUCUCAAAUCCGCCGUCGAUAACGACCCGACCCGAGUGAUGAACCACUGGUCUGAAUCCGACCCGACUCCAUGCCACUGGUCCGGGAUCGUCUGUACAAGCGGCCGAGUCACCUCGAUUGUACUCUUCGGAAAAGGUCUCUCCGGUUACAUUCCGUCGGAGAUCGGCUUACUCGACUCGCUUAUCCGGCUCGAUCUAGCUCACAACAAUUUCUCCAAACCGGUACCGGCUCGUCUAUUCGAAGCAACCAAGCUCCGGUACAUCGAUCUCUCUCACAACUCACUCUCCGGCCCAAUCCCGGCCCAAAUCAAGUCCAUGAAAUCUCUCAACCACCUCGAUUUCUCCUCCAAUCAUCUCAACGGGUCACUCCCCGAGUCACUCACUGAGCUCGGAAGCCUCGUCGGAACCUUAAAUCUGUCUUGUAACCGAUUCACCGGCGAGAUUCCAUCGUCGUACGGUCGAUUCCCUGUUUAUGUCAGCUUAGAUCUCGGCCACAACAAUCUGACCGGAAAAGUACCACAGGUGGGUUCUCUGUUGAAUCAAGGACCCAUCGCAUUCGCUGGAAACUCUCAUCUCUGUGGGUUUCCAUUGCAAACGCCAUGCGAAGAAAUCAAAAUCCCAAAUUUCGUCACUGCAAAGCCGGAAGGCACGCAAGAACUCCAGAAACCAAACCCUAGUGUAAUCAGCGAGGACGAAGGAAAAGAGAAGCAGAUCACCGGAUCAGUGACGGUUUCACUGAUAUCGGGAGUCUCGGUUGUCAUCGGAGCGGUUUCUGUAUCGGUAUGGCUGAUCAGGAGAAAACUGAGCUCCUCCGACGGGUACAAAACGGAGACGAAGACGACGACGGCGGUGGUCUCGGAGUUCGACGAAGAAGGUCAAGACGGUAAAUUUGUGGCCUUUGACGAAGGAUUCGAGCUCGAGCUUGAGGAUUUACUCAGAGCAUCGGCAUACGUGAUAGGCAAGAGCAGGAGCGGGAUUGUGUACAGAGUAGUGGCGGCGGAAUCCUCCUCCUCCGCCGUUGUCGCCGUUAGAAGGCUCAGCGACGGUAACGCCACGUGGCGGUUUAAGGAUUUCGAGAACGAAGUGGAGAUCAUCCGUAGGAUCAACCACCCCAACAUCGUACGGCUAAGAGCUUACUACUAUGCAGAAGACGAGAAGCUUCUCAUCACUGAUUUCAUUGGCAAUGGCAGCUUGUACUCUGCCUUACAUGGUGGAACUUCGAGUACUCGGCCUCCGCUCUCUUGGGCUGAGAGGUUACAUAUAGCACAAGGGACUGCUCGUGGGUUGAUGUAUAUACAUGAACACAGUUCGAGAAAGUAUGUACACGGCAACCUAAAAUCAAGCAAAGUCCUGUUAGACGAUGAGCUACAUCCUCACAUCUCAGGUUUUGGUCUCACACGUCUUGUUUCGGGUUAUCCCAAGCUCGCUGAUCAUUCACUAUCCAUCAAAAUGCAAAGCGUAGACCAAACAUUUGCGACAAAACUCUCAGAUCCUCAAGCUGCUUACCUUGCACCAGAAGCACGAGCGUCUUCUAGCUGCAAAUCUUCUCAGAAAUGCGAUGUUUAUUCAUUUGGGGUGAUUCUGUUGGAAUUGUUGACUGGUCGUUUACCUAAUGAUUCUAUUGGAGAAGAACUCGUUAGUAUUCUGAGGAAGUGGCACAAGGAAGAGAGAUUGUUGGCCGAGAUCUUGGACCCGAGGCUUCUGGAACAGGGUUUUGCAGAUAAGCAAGUUAUUGCAACGAUUCGUGUCGCUUUGAACUGCACGGAACUGGAUCCAGAGAUGCGUCCUAGGAUGAGAUCUGUGUCUGAGAGUUUAGGCCGUAUCAAGUCGGAAUAAAACUUUACUUUUGAAUGAGCCCGGAAAGUAUUAAAUGUGUGUAUUGCUAAUCUCAGGCAAAGUGAUGUUUUGUAGUUUCUAUAGCUAGCUUAGAUGAAGGGCUUAGGGUUUAAGUUCCAGGUCAAGUGUCUAUCUCUGUAACUCUGUUUAUCAUCGAUCACAUGUUCCUUGUGUCUUAAGGAAUAAAGUUUGGCUUCUAUAAAGAAUGUUUUUAAAAAAUCACACUUAAGUUAAAAUACGUAUUAUGUUGACUCUCA